CCCUUUCCCCUCUGCCCCACAUCUCUAGGGCAGCAGCGCAUGAAGCUCUAUGAGCUCAUCGUCACCGGGGCCUUCACCCCCCAGACCGUGCCCACGGGGGGCAAGGCGACGGGGGACACGGCGGAGGCGCCCCCCGAGCCCCACCGCCGCCCCUCCACUGAGAGCCCCUUUGCGGCGCCCCCCGGUAACGGCACCGCCGAGACCCCCGCGCCGCCAGGGGGCGCUGUCACCGACAGGGGCGGCUUCGGGCCCUUCCCGCCGCCCUUCGGCGCCCCCUACCCCAGCGAGGGCGCCCCCUAUGGUGGCAGGCUCCCGUUCGCCUCCCGCCGCCUGGAAGCCGGGGGGGGCUUCCCCCGCCGCGCCCCUCCCCCCCCCCCCCCCUCCCCCCAAUCCG